CUUUAAAUUAACCUAUUUUUGUUUAUAAUUAUCUUCAUAAAAGUUUCCGGGCAUUAAAACAUGACUGACAUAUCAGACUAUCCAGCCCCGAAAGGUGCGGACUCAGAACUGCAAGAUUUUCUUAUGGCUGAGAAGCAGAAGGCUCAAUUCCAUGCACAGAUUCAUGAAUUCAACGACUUUUGCUGGGACAAGUGCGUCGACAAGCCUGGGGCGAAACUGGACUCCCGCACAGAAACUUGUAUUACAAACUGUGUAGAACGAUUUAUAGAUGUGUCACUGCUCAUUACGAACAGAUUUGCACAGAUGUUGGAAAAAGGAGGAGGAAUGCAUUAAUACCUUACAGUAGUUUAACAAAUGCGAAACAUGUACACUUCUGGAUAUCAAAGACUGUUUAAAUUGAUGCUAUGGAACGCACCCUACAGUAGAGCUUUUUCGACAUGGUGCUGCUUCAUUUGCAGUGAUGCCUAGCUUUGUGUGUACAAGGUUAUUUUAUAAAAUACUAACAACCUAGCAUCAUAAAUAACAACUUUUGUUCCAUGACUUUUUUGAAAACAAGAAAUUUACCAAAAAUAAACUUUCAAGUUUUUUUAAGAUAUGUAUUUGGUAGUAAGUUCAAACAUGUCAGCAUCCUUCAUGACGACCCCCACUUGGCUCUUGUGUUUUGCAUCCUACCAGCAUUGAGUUAUCACCAUUUAGAGUGAUUUAUUUAAAUGUUGUAAUUUUUAUAUGAAGGUACAAUUUAAUGAAUUAUUUGAAGUCAUGGAAAAAACAUUGUUUAUAAUGUUAGUAAUAUGGUCCGGUAAGGUUGUUAGUGUUAUACAGAUAACUCUGUAUGUGGUAGUAAUGGCCAUAUGAUUUAGGUGUAAGUAGCUCAGGUAUUUUAAUGGAAUGUUGUACAAGGCCCUACUGUAAUAAUCUGUGCGAGUGUCAUCCAUCACUUUAAACAAUCCUGUCUUGCUAUUUGAAAAGUUGAUGUUGGUUGGAUUCGAUGAAUAAAUAUAAUUAUUCAAAGUGCAAGUCCUUAGAACAAACUAAACUGUUGUAUGUUUGUGCUUCAAUAGCUUAUAAAGCUAUUUUAUUUGUUGUUGAUAAUGUUCAUAACGUCAAUAUAAAAUUAUUAGACAUGAAGGUUUUAUUUGCCCCAUGUAUUUAUUUGUUGGGAUGGAUUUAUUUAAACAUCAUAAUCUAUAUCCAUAACAUUCUAGUUAUAAAAAUAAUGACACUUCAGAGU